AUGCCUAUCACACGCACCAAGCUCAGGGUGCGCGCGAAGAAUGGAACUCUGUACGCGCACGAAGUCCUACUAGAACCCAAGGACGGACGCAUCAUCUUCCGAAAGUCGCCCUUUGGCCUCAAAGACGAGAUUAAGGCCAUGGGUGGAGCUCGCUGGCAUCCCGCGGAUGGCGACGGGGAUAUCAAACGUUGCUGGUCCGUCGAAGACUCACAGCGUAAUCGUUUCCAGCUUGCCUACAUGCAGGGUGAAGACGUCUACGCCUGGUUCGACCGCGAACCGAUUCAGCACGAGUUCCGUGACUACUUCUGCAACGGUGUGCCGGCCACGCCGAUGACCCACCAGUUCGACCUCGCGAACCACGGGCUGACGUACCACUAUGGUAUCUGGGCCGCUGAGAUGGGCGUGGGUAAGACCCUCUCCGCUCAGAUGAUGAUCGAGCACUCGGGCGUCAAGGUGUGGUGGUGGGUCGGUCCGAAGACCUCGCUGCCGAAUAUCCGCCGUGAAUUCAAGAAGUGGGACUUCGAUCCGUCCAUUGAAGUCGAAAUGAUGACCUACGAAUCGGUCGUCCGACGGAUGGAUGAGUACAAGCCUGGGGACCCAAUCCCUCAAGGCGUCAUCGCGGAUGAAUCCAGCCGCUGUAAGGGUGCCACCUCACAACGCACCCGCGCGAUGCAAAUGCUGGCGAACCUGAUUCGCGAGAAGUUCGGCUACGACGGCUACGUCAUUCUCAUGUCUGGUACGCCGAGCCCUAAGACUCCCGUGGACUGGUGGGCACAGGCCGAGAUCGCAUGGCCUGGGUUCUUGAAGGAAGGUUCACCCAAGGCACUCGAAAGCCGGCUAGCGUUCCUGGUGGAUGCAGAAUUCGACUCGGGUGUGUUCAAGAAGCGCAUCGGAUGGAAGGACAACGAAGAAAAGUGCGAAAUCUGCGGCGACUUCCGUGAGGAAGGGGCGCACGAGUUCGACGAGUUGUCCGAGGAAGUGGAGGACAUCCACGACUUCAAACCUUCCAUCAACGAAGUCGCCCUUAUGUAUGAGCGGCUUGAUGGGUUGGCGAUCAUCAGGCACAAGAAAGACUGCUUGAAUCUACCCGAGAAGCGAUACCGACGGGUGAUCUGCAAGCCAUCGGCCAGCGUCAAUCGUGUGGCCAAGGGCAUGAUGCAGGCCGCGCCGAAUACCAUCACCGGGUUGACCUGGCUCCGCGAGUUGAGCGACGGGUUCCAGUACAAGGAUGUGAAGGACGGUACCACGGCUUGCAGCCACUGUGAGAACCACAGUGGUAAGGUCUUCGAGUGGUUCAGCCCCGAGGACGAAGACAAAGUUUAUGGCAACAUCGACGCCUUAGAACCUGAGGUGGUCGAGAAGCUCGAACGUCGCGAGGUGGAGUGUCCACGAUGCCAUGGCAGCGGCGAAAUGCCGAAGAUGGUUCGUGUCUCGCGCGAGGUCCCAUCCCCCAAGGAAAAGGCUCUCAAGCUCGAUCUGAAGCGGUGUGAGGAGACCGGCCGCAUCGUAGUCUUCGCCGGCUUCACAGGCUCGAUCGACCGUGUCACUCGUGUCUGCCUGAAGGAAGGCUGGCACGUCGUCAAAUGUGACGGCCGUGGCUUUCAAACCAUCUCACCCACUGAUGGAACUGUGGCUCAAGGUGGUGACGAGAGUCUGGAGUUUUGGGCGGACACCGAAAAGAACUCCAAGGUCGCCUUUGUGGCCCACCCUGAGUCCGGCGGCAUGUCGCUCACGCUGACUGAAGCCCGCAUGGCCGUCUUCUACAGCAACUCGUUCAAGCCCGAGUAUCGGGUUCAGGCCGAGGACCGUAUCCACAGACCGGGCAUGGACCUCAACAUCGGUUGCGAAAUCGUGGACUACUGCCACCUCGCCACCGACCUACGUGUGCUCGAUGUAAUCACUGAAAACCGCAAACUCGAAAAGAUGACGAUGGGCGACUUCUCGUUGGAGUUGGACAUCAAGGACAACCCCAACGUCACCAUCGAAAACUUAGAGAAGUUAAUGACCCGUAUUACCCCCACCAAAGCCAAGAACAUUAAAGCAGCCUUGGCUGAGACCCAGUGCCGAGAACAAGGCAAGAUUGCCAAGCGAUUCAAAGUAAGUCGCUCAACCGUGAGUGAUAUCGCAACCGGACGCCGGCACAAUGAUAUCCCGUGGCCGGAAGGCUUCAAUCCGCUACCCAACAAGAAAGGUGGACAACGACGCAAAUCCGAAGAGUGGGACCCCACCAACGCCCGUAUCAUGGAGUUGGAGGCGGACUUAGUCCACGUCACGGAAGAGCGAAACCGAGAACGACGAAAGAACAAGGUAGCCGCCAAGAACGUUGGCCUGUUCAAGGCCAUGGUGGGUGAGCUUGACGCCCGAAUUAAGCCGUUCACCCCACCCAAGCUGAGUGUUCCCAAGAAAUCGAAAUCCACGAUUGAAGAGCACCUCGUGCUACACCUCUCCGAUGGUCACCAUGACCAAGUGGUGCGCCCGGAGGAAGUGGGAGGGUUCGAAGAAUACAACUUCAACAUCUCAUGUGCCCGCGCCGAAAACCUCGUGGACACCACGAUCGAGUGGACGCAGAAGACGCUCUCCCCGCAAUUCCACUUUGGCACGCUAUGGGUGCUGGCGUAUGGCGACCACACCAGCGGCGAAAUCCACGGCCAUGCCCAUCGAAGUUACUAUCGGAAUCAGAUCAAGAACUGCCUGGCCAUCGGCCAGCUUCACGCUCUGAUGUUGCGGGACUUUGUCCCGUACUUCGAACAGAUCAACGUGGUCUAUCUACCGGGCAACCACGGGCGGCGAACGGUCAAGAAGGAAUACACAGGACCCCAGAACAACUGGGAUUAUCUCGUAGCUGAGAUCGCCCGGCUGCACUGCUCAAGUAUCCCCAGCAUUCAAUUUAUCAUCCCGGAUUCGUUCCAGGUGAACUUGGAUAUCAACGGGGUUGGCUUCAACCUGUCCCACGGGGAUGACGUGCGCAGCAACGGUGGCAUCCCGUUCUACGCCAUGCAACGCAAGCAGAAGAGCCUGAUGGCUCUCAGUGCGAUGCAACAAGGCCCACCGAUUCGGUACUUCGCUAUGGGACACCACCAUGUGCAUGCCGAACUCCAGGACGGUAACGGUGAACUGAUCGUGAACGGCCCCUGGGUGGGCACCGAUUCGUUCUCCUACAACUCCUUCUCUGGGUACCGGGAGCCGAACCAAUUGCUGCACGGGGUGAACCCCAAGUACGGCAUCACCUGGCGACUGCCAAUCAAGCUGCGACACGACAACGAGAAACAAGGACCAAAGCGAUACCGAAUCGAUGGUGGUCGUGACAUCGGUCCGCUAACCAUCCUGUGA